AUUCUGAACUAGACUGGAGAAAGCGGUUUGAUAUUAUCUGUGGCGUUGCUAGAGGGAUCUUAUAUCUUCACCAUGACUCACGAUUAAGAAUUAUUCAUAGAGACCUAAAGGCUAGCAAUGUCUUGUUGGACAUGGAAUUGAACCCAAAAAUUGCAGAUUUUGGUAUGGCUAGAAUGUUUGGUGGAGAUCAAAUUGUAGCAACUACAAAACGUGUCGUUGGAACCUCUACGGUUAUAUGUCUCUAGAGUAUGCGAUGGAAGGACAACUUUCAGUGAAGUCUGAUGUAUACAGCUUUGGAGUUUUGCUGCUAGAGAUUAUUACAGGCAAAAAGAACAGCGUUCAAUAUGAAGACUAUGAAUCCACAACUUUAGUUGGACAGAUAUGGAAUCUAUGGAGAGAAGGCAAAGCCAUGGAGAUUAUUGAUGAAUCAUUAGGAGAGUCAUUCUCUGAGCAUGAAGUUGAAAGAUGCAUCCAAAUAGGACUUUUAUGUGUACAAGAUUUUGCUAUUGACAGACCAUCUAUGUCAGCUGUUGUUUCUAUGUUGGGAAAUGACUCAACUCUUCCUACUCCAAAACAACCAGCAUUUAUUUUCAAGAAAGGUAAUUAUGACGGUUCAAAUCCAUCAACCAGUGAAGGAAUUCACUCACUAAAUGAUGCAAGUAUGACUAUGAUUGAAGCUCGCUAAAGGCCAUGCUUAUCGUAUGACACUAAUGUGUUGUAUAUGGAUUAACGACGCUAAGGUUUGGUAUGUUAUUAUCAAUUAUAUUUCCAAAGAUUAUCCAAUUUAAAAUGAUAAUGUAAUUUUUUCAA